UUUGGCGAUAGAGCAAUACACCCUAUGCAUGUCGAAUGCUCUGUACGCUCUGUAUGCGCUGCAUUCCCUUCUUGAGUUUGAUCUCGAGGUAUGGCCACGGAUGGCGCGUCUCCCCUCGCUCAGAAUGCGGUAGAGCACGAAGCGAAACAUCUUGCAAACGGUCAUAUCAGCGUCAACAACUGGUCGCAACCGGGACCUGCAGCAUUCGACUUCCGCAGCGAUGUUGUUACGACACCUACGACUCGCAUGCUCAACGCAAUAGCGUCGACAACUCUACUUGACGAUGUGUUCCAGGACGAUCCAACCACCAACGAUCUGGAGGCGUUUAUCGCGGACCUCACAGGCAAAGAAGCGGCAUUGCUCGUCUUGAGCGGCACAAUGGGCAAUCAGGUCUCGAUACGAACCCAACUGCUGGCGCCUCCACACAGUGUCGUUACGGAUCAUAGGUCACACAUCCUCGAAUGGGAAGCUGGAGGUGUUGCAAGUCUUUGUGGAGCGCUGGUCAAGCCCGUCGUGCCGAAGAACGGCGCAUAUGUGACACUGGAGGACGUUAAGAAGCAUUGCGUAAUAUCGAGCGACAUUCACGCCUGUCCAACCAAGCUGAUAUCGCUUGAGAAUACACUAGCAGGGAUUGUUCUGCCAUUAGCAGAGUGCCAGAAGAUCUCGAAAUGGGCUCGCGACAACGGCAUAUUGAUGCAUCUGGAUGGCGCUCGGUUGUGGGAGGCGGUUGCAGCGGAAGCUGGGUCACUCAAGGACUACUGCGCCUGCUUCGACAGCAUAUCUUUGUGCUUCUCUAAAGGUCUCGGUGCGCCUAUAGGCAGCAUCAUCGUGGGCACGAAGGUCUUCCGUGAGCGAGCACGGUGGGUCCGAAAAAGCAUAGGCGGUGGGCUAAGGCAAGCGGGCGUAGUGACGGCUGCAGCUCGGGUAGCGGUAGAAGAUACGUUUCUAGGCGGCAAGCUGAAUGCUUGUCACGCCCGAGCGCGGCAGAUUGCGCAACUAUGGGAGAGCUAUGGUGGCCAGACGUCCAAUCCAGUCGAGACGAACAUGGUGUGGUUCGACUUGGACGCCGCGGGCAUCAGCAAGGAGAGUUUCAUCGAGGAAGGGCAGAAGGUCGGCUUGCGAUUACUGGGCGGGAGACUAGUAGUGCACUACCAGAUUGGCGACGAGGCUGUGCAACGGCUUGAACGGCUCAUGCAAGCUGUUUUGAAGGGGAGACAAAUGAAUGGUGCAGUCGAGCACUCUGCGGACAAGAUGCAGUUCCCUACAGAAUAGACGUGGCUAUAGGCUUGGAGGAACGUUGUGGCGUGUUGACAGAAGACUUGAGGUCGUGGAAUGCAUAUCGCCCAGCGUCGACCAGACCACAACCACGGCACCGCCCAGGUUUCAAGCUAGAUGCUCGCGUCCGCUUGUGGGCAGGGUGGAACCGCCGCCUUACGGCAAGAUUCCAUGGACGUACACUUAUCUAGUCUGCAUUGCGGAACAGCCAACAAUCACCACAUGCAUGUGCAUGAAAACACCGUUUCUCGACGGACCGAUAUGCGCUACGAAGGGCGGCGGGCGACAGAAAGUGGGGAAAUGAACAUUAGGUAGGACUUCCUAUUGGUCACAUAUCACGGCUUACGGCUGUUG